AUGAAAGAAAUAUAUGAAGUGCAAGCAGAUGAACUCAUGGAUAUGAUGCUUAAGAAUGUACAUAAGGGAAAGUUUCAACUAAGCGUCCCAAUUUACAAAAGUACUACAAAAAUUUCAGCAUCCGAUAUGACUGAGAGGACAGCAACCGUUGUAACGAAAAAUGCACCCAAAAUGUAUGGACAAAAUCUUACAUUAGAAGAACUUCAUUUGAGGAAAACUAAAUUGGAUAUUAAAACUUUGCUUGAAUCUCAUGUGAGUGGUCUACCCAAUUUUGAAGAUGAGGACCAAAUAAGUAUACAAACGAGAAGAUUUAAUAAUAUUCAGAACUCUUCUAACGAUACUAAUUUGAGAGGUCUUUAUAUGUCUAUGAGUGGAGCUACUGUUAAUCAUAGAAAGAAUAGAAUUGUACAGCUGAUGGCACAAUUUGUAUACCAAAUAAGAUACCAGUUACCUUAUGCUCAAUUAUUGCGAAAGAAGUACAACAAAAAUUUGCGAUAUCGAAUAGGUUACUGUUUUGCUCUUCUAAGAAAUUUAAAACGGCAGCAAAUGGUCAUAUUUACUACUAUGAAGAAUUAUCAAGAGCGUUUUCUGGUAUUGUAUGCAAUUAUAAAAUUAUAUGAAAAAGUCGUGAAAUUGGAUGUGGAUGUAAAAGAUUUAAUGAAAUAUAUCGUGCAUUUAGAUAAAGUUAGACAAACCGAAUCUGAUGUUAAGUUUACAAAUAAAGGA